AUGGCAAAGAAAGGCAAGAAGCAGGAGGUCGAAGAGACUCCAGGAAGCGACAGCGACUGGGAAGACACAGGCAAGAAGCCAAGCAAGAAACAGCUAGAAAAACAGGCCAAAAAGCAGGCCGAUGCAGACAAGAAGAAAGAGCGUGAGGCCUUGCUCGCGAUGGAGGAAGAAAGCUUGGCCAAGGCCAAGGGUGGCAAGGGUAAAAAGGGCAAGAAAGGCGGAAAUUCCGACCUGGACGACGCAUUGAACUCCUUCGGCCCUAAGACAACCAUCGAUGCCCACGGAGUCGAAGAUUCUCUCGCUGCUCUGUCUCUUCUCAAAAACGACGUCGUUUCAGCAAAGGAUAUUGAUAGACACCCUGAAAGGCGUUUCAAAGCUGCAUUGGCCGCAUACACGGAGCGUAGACUCCCAGAAUUGAAGAAAGAGAAUCCAGGACUAAGAAAACAGCAGCUAGAACAGCUCAUCUACAAGGAGUUCCAAAAGAGUGACGAAAACCCAAUGAACAAAGAAACUAACGUCAGCUACAACGCCAAAAGCGAUGACGUGCGUAAAGUCAAAGAAACGGUCCGUGAAAAACGCUCCAAGAAGUAUGAGAAAUAG